CGGAGUCGUCCGCAGAGCAGCCCCUCCCGGCCGCGGCCGCCGACCCCGGCCCUGGCCCCCGGCCCGGCUCUAUGGACAGGAGCUCGCUGCUGCAGCUUAUCCAGGAGCAGCAGCUGGACCCUGAGAACACAGGCUUCAUCGGUGCAGACACCUUCACUGGCCUGGUGCACCGCCAUGAGCUGCCUCUGGACCCAGCCAAGCUGGACAUGCUGGUGGCACUGGCCCAGAGCAACGAGCGGGGCCAGGUCUGCUAUCAGGAGCUGGUGGACCUGAUCAGCAGCAAGCGCUCAAGCAGCUUCAAGCGGGCCAUCGCCAACGGACAGCGGGCACUGCCUCGGGACGGGCUGCUGGAUGAGCCAGGCCUGGGUGUUUACAAGCGGUUCGUGCGCUACGUGGCCUACGAGAUCCUGCCCCGAGAGGUGGACCGCCACUGGUAUUUCUACCGGCACCGCAGCUGCCCGCCCCCCGUAUUUAUGGCCUCGGUCACCCUUGCCCAGAUCAUCGUGUUCCUGUGCUAUGGGGCCCGGCUCAACAAGUGGGUGCUGCAGACCUACCACCCCGAGUACAUGAAAAGCCCCCUCGUGUACCACCCCGGCCACCGCGCUCGGGCCUGGCGCUUCCUCACCUACAUGUUCAUGCAUGUCGGGCUGGAGCAGCUGGGGUUCAAUGCCCUCCUGCAGCUGAUGAUCGGAGUGCCACUGGAGAUGGUGCACGGCCUGCUCCGCAUCAGCCUGCUCUACCUGGCGGGCGUGCUGGCAGGCUCCCUGACCGUCUCCAUUACUGACAUGCGGGCCCCUGUGGUGGGGGGCUCCGGCGGGGUCUAUGCCCUGUGUUCUGCACACCUGGCCAAUGUCGUCAUGAACUGGGCUGGGAUGAGGUGUCCCUACAAGCUGCUGAGGAUGGUGCUGGCCCUGGUGUGCAUGAGCUCCGAGGUGGGCCGGGCCGUAUGGCUGCGCUUCUCCCCGCCACUGCCUGCCUCAGGCCCACAGCCCAGCUUCAUGGCGCACCUGGCGGGCGCGGUGGUGGGCGUCAGCAUGGGCCUGACCAUCCUGCGCAGCUACGAAGAGCGCCUGCGGGACCAGUGCGGCUGGUGGGUGGUGCUGCUUGCCUAUGGCACCUUCCUGCUGUUUGCCAUCUUCUGGAACAUCUUUGCCUAUGACCUGUUGGGUGCCCAUAUCCCCCCACCACCCUAACAGGGUCACAGAGGCCAGGGUGCAGGACCCCAGGGCCAGCCACCAGGCGGGCCUGCAUAUCCACCCUCAGUGAAUGUAGUCUCGAGGCUGCUCCUUCCCGGUGUGGGCUGGUGGCCCCUGUGGCCCACUGAGUCCAGGCCAAGCCUUACACCAGCCCUGGCCACCCCCUCCCAGGCUGGAGGGACAAGGACUGCUGGCCUGGGCCGGGAGGUGGAAGUCCCCAGGGGUGGCCCCAGAGGAGACCCUGCCCCCACCUCUUCCCUGAGACUUGCAGUCUGAGCCUUUUUGAAGAAUGAAUAAAUAUUUUACACAGCA